CACCGUGAACGUCGCCGCAUGAACCCAUCUCUUUUUGGAGAAAAUUCCAAAGACAUCUCUAUCAUAUGAAAGAUCACAAGCACAUGAAGUUGCUCUGACACUGAAGGUGCUCUGACACUUGGGUUUUGAGAUCUUCACUUCUUUCAGUGUUUUCAGUUAUGAUCCCAAGUGUUUGAUGCCUUUUGAUCAAUCCUUUGAUAGGAUUUUUCUUCUUAUUUUUUGUAUUUUAAUUGUGGAGUUUAUUUGAAGAACAAUGGGUGAAGCUGGUCCUUCCAUUGCCAAAGAUGUCACUGAAUUGAUUGGGAAUACACCGUUGGUGUAUCUAAACAAUGUUGUCACUGGCUGCCGAGCUAGAAUUGCUGCUAAGCUGGAGACUAUGCAGCCUUGUUCCAGUGUUAAGGACAGGAUUGGAUACAGUAUGAUUGCUGAUGCUGAGGAGAAGGGCCUUAUCACACCUGGCAAGAGUGUCUUGAUUGAGGCCACUAGUGGUAACACCGGCAUCGGCCUCGCCUUCAUAGCGGCCGCAAAGGGUUACAAGCUCGUUCUCACAAUGCCGGCCUCUAUGACACUCGAGAGAAGGAUAAUUCUGAAAGCUUUUGGUGCAGAGUUAGUCCUUACUGAUCCAAAUGCAGGCUUGAAAGGUGCAAUUGCAAAGGCUAAGGAAUUGGCAGCAAAAACACCCCAUUCUUACAUUCUUCAGCAAUUCGAUAAUCCUGCCAACCCAAAUAUACAUUAUGAGACAACUGGGCCUGAAAUUUGGAAAGGUACUGGUGGUAUGAUUGAUGCUUUUGUUGCCGGUGUUGGGACCGGAGGCACAAUCACUGGAACUGGGAAGUAUCUGAAGGAGCAAAAUCCUGACAUUAAGGUCUAUGGUGUGGAGCCAGCUGAAAGUGCAUUUUUAUCUGAAGGAAAACUUGGUCCUCACCUGAUCCCAGGGAUUGGUGUAAGCUUUAUUUCUGGAGUUAUUGAUCUUAAUAUUAUGGAUGAAAUUGUCAAGGUUUCAAGUGAAGAAGCUAUUGAAACAGCAAAACUUCUUGCACUGAAGGAAGGGUUGUUGGUUGGUAUAUCAUCUGGUGCUGCUGCCGCUGCUGCUAUUAAGCUUGCCCGGAGACCAGAAAACGACGGGAAACUCAUUGUUGUGAUUUUACCUAGUGCCGGAGAGCGUUAUCUUUCCUCUGUGCUCUUCCAGACGAUCAAAGAUGAAGCGGAGAACAUGGUUUUUGAGCCUUGAGAAUUCGAACAAUCAACAUUGUUUUACCAGACAUCAUCGUGUCUGUGUUUCUUUGGAGUGAUUGGAAUAAGAGAAGUUAUCUACUGAAGAAGCACUGUCUAUGUGCUUCAUAAUGUUAUUAUCAAACAUGAAGAAGAUUUUCUUA